AAUAUCAAAAAAAAAAAAAAAAGGCUAUAAAGUUUAUAAACCCUAAAAGACCAUCUCAACCUCCCUUUUCACGACACGUGUCACAACAACACCCUUCGCCAUGGAUUUCCUGUUUCCAUUAUAGGAAGGGAAACCCCGUUUCCAAGUAACACAAUCCCUCUCUGUCUCUCUCUCUCUCUAAUCUUUUCUCUUUAAAGCCAAUCUUUGGUCUUUACUUGUUCUUUGUCAGUCCAAAUAAAUUCUUGAUUCUUUCUUGGUUUCUUCUUUCUCUACCUGGAGAAUCGGUAUCAUUCUCUACAUAUAUGUAGUUGUAGAGCGUAAUUGUGACGGAGAAGAGCAGAAUGGAACAGAGAAGUAGCCCCUCCUACCGACCCAAGUUCACUAGGAAUGAUGAGAUUGAAGUCGCGGCAGUCUUGCUUAUGCUUCCUAGUUUAAUCGCUGAUGGCCUUCGAUUUUCAUUAUCUUGGGGUUCUAAAAAGCGGAGAUCUUGUUCCUAUGAGACCUCGUUUCAGAGCCGUGUUCAUUUACAAUCACCACCGCCCGUCCCUUCACUUCAUGGGAUUGGUUUUCUUCUGGGCUCUGCCUUUGACCCCGAGAAGGCUGCUGUCAAAGUCGAGGCUUCGAGUCCUGCCACGCCUCUCUCCUUCUGUCCCAGUGAAUCUGAUGAGAAGCCUAAGCGUUUGAAAAGAAAAGCCUCUGUUAAGAAGACGAAAGAGGAGUGGCUAGAAAUUAUGGAGCAAUACACUCAGAGCAACGAGUUACUUAUAAAGGAGAUAAAGCAGUUGAGGCAUUAUUACGAGGAGCUGAAAGCAAGCAAUUUGUGGCUGCAAGCAAAGAAACAAGAGCUGAGUCUUGGCAAUGUUAGAGGAGAAAAGCCGCACUUGGAACUGAAAACCAGCUUAAAUCUUCUCGAGGUGAAACUUGGGCAAUCCACAGUGAAAGCAUCUACUGUAGUUGGAUACGAAGGUCAUCAUCUACAUUUGGUGGUUGAUCAGCGAUCUUUGAUCAUGGAUAAGACUGCUAAUAAAGCUGGAAUAGCCGAGAGUUAUCCAUUCCCGUAUGAUCAAGCACUGUCAUUGCUCCCAUCAAGAAGCGGAUUGAGCAUGAGCAUGAGCAUGAUCAAAGGCGAUGUGGGCCCAAAUGGUAUCCCUGAUCUCAACGUAUCUCCAAUAGAGUCUGUCGACUUUGCUCAGCUAGUUGACGACAGCAGGACUCUAACCAAGGCAAUGGCUGCGCAGGCUAGGCAGAGAAGGAUGCAAAUUUGCAGGGACAAGAACUCCAAUUAUGGUAGUAAGCUACGUCUCUCACAUAGAUGAUAAUUUUUGGGUUUUCUUUUAACUAUUAUAGUCGUAAUCGUCAACUACGUCUCUCACAUAGAUGAUAUUUUUGGGUUUUUUUUUUUAAUUAAAUAUUAUCCCAAUAUAUAUUUCUACGAUUGUAAACUCUAGUCAGGAGAUUUUGGGCUAUUAAUUCUCCAAUAUUUGAUAUGAAAGAAUCAAAUAUGUCGGAAAUCUCGGCGUCUGUCUUCUCUAGAUCCUAGUAUUUGUGUAGAAAUAGGAAUCACUAAUAGAAAUAGAUCCAAUUUGUGUUGGAGUUGUUUGUUUGGUCA